CGUCGGAAUGCCGGUCGUCACGGUUCGAGAGCUGGUGGAGGUGCAGUCGGACGUCGAGAGAAUUCGGAACGUCUGCAUUGUGGCCCACGUGGACCACGGGAAGACGACGUUGACGGACUGCUUGAUAAGCACGAAUGGGAUCAUAUCUCAGCGGUCCGCGGGCAAGCUGAGGUACAUGGACAACAUGCCUUGCGAGCAACAGAGGGGGAUCACGAUGAAGUCCAGCAGCAUCGCCUUGCUGCAUGAGGAGGGGGGCGCGAGGUACCUGGUCAACUUGGUGGACAGUCCUGGACACGUGGACUUUAGCGGAGAGGUGUCCAGCGCCCUUCGCGUGACGGACGGCUGCUUUUUGCUGGUGGACGUGAUAGAGGGCGUGUGUAUUCAGACGAGGGUGGUGCUGAGGCAGGCGUGGAAGGAGAGGGUGAAGCCCGUCCUGGUGAUCAACAAGCUGGACAAGUUGUGGAGCUUGAACUUGACCGUGGCGGAGGCUUACCAGAGGAUUGUGAAGGUGGUCGAGCAAGUCAACGAGGUCGUGAGCGCGCUGUGGAUGGAGCAGUUGCUAGAGGAAGACGCCAAGGUGCACGGCGAGUCAGGCGACGGGUCCGGCGGCUCGACGAGGGACGAGGCCUUGUCGGAGGAGCGGCCGGACUCCGCCGACCCGUUCAAAGGUCAGGUCAACUCCUAUUUUUCACCCCUGUGUUCUAACGUUCUGUUUGCGUCCGCGGCGCACCGCUGGGCCUUUUCGAUCGAUGACUUCGUGGAGUUGUACGCCGAGAGGCUCCAGAUCAACCGAGAGGCGCUCCGCCGCACGCUUUGGGGCGAGCACUACUUCGUGCCGAAAAAGCGCAAGGUCGUCACCAAAAGGCCCCGCGACGAUGCGCAGACCAUGUUCGAGAUGCUGGUCCUUUCGAACCUGCGCAAAGCCUACUCAAUCGCGCUGGACGACGCGCACGUCGCCAGCUCGGGCAAACUCGGCCCUCGCAAGCAAGACCGCGCUCCCCCGGCUCAGCGCGGCGACGCCGACCAGAACAGAAAUAAACGCCAAGACGACAACUCGCUCAAUUCGUCCUUCGAGGACCGAGUCGAAUUUAUCUGUUCUCACCUUGGCGUUCGUUUGUCUCCUCACGAAAUUCGCCCCGACGAUCGUUUAGAGACGUUGAUUUCCGUUAUGAGCAAAUGGCUGCCGCUGUCUCGCACGGUGCUGUCCGCCUCCGUUCGCCGACUCCCCAGUCCCUCCAGAGCUCAGUCCUGGAGGCUGGAGUGCCUGUGGCGCCCGAGCAUCCACGACUUCACGGCGGAGGGGCUCGCGCUGCAGAAGCGCUUUCGCGACUCCCUCCUGGGCUGCAGUCGCCUCCCGGACGCGCCGACCAUCGCGUACGUGUCGAAGGUCUUCAGUCUCGCCGACGACCGCCGCCGACCCGACUCGAACCGGCAGAAACUCGUCGCCGUCGCUCGGCUCUUCAGCGGGCGACUCCGCGUCGGCGACCGCGUCCACGUCCUCGGCCCCAGGUACGACCCGGCCAACCCGGACGCGCACCGCGUCGAGGCCGUCGUCCCCCAGCUCUACAUGCUCAUGGGACCCGUCGUCGAGCCCAUACAGUUCGCCGACGCCGGGUGCAUCUUCGGCAUAGGCUCCAAGGACGUCGCCGCCGGCACGUGGAAAAGCAAGGAAUUCCUGGCCGCGCCCAGAACCGCCAGGCCCAAGCUCGACCAACCCGCGCGAGCCGACCCCCCCACCGACUCCCCCCUCGACGAAAACCCCCGCGUCGUCCGCCCCUCCCCUCACCCGGACCAAACCCCCACCGAGGCUCACGUCGACGACUCCAGCUCUCCAACUUUCGUCGAGCACAUCGUCAAGACGGCCACGCUCAGCUCCGACCCGUCUCUGGCCCCCUUCGGCCCCCUCCUGAGGCACGCGAACCCCAUCGUCCGCGUAGCCGUGGAACCCAAGUACCCCAGCCAACUCCCCCUGCUGGAGAAGGGCCUGGCCCUCCUCGAACGCUCUGACGCCUCCACGGAAGUCUACGUCCAGCCCAACGGCGAACACAUCGUCGGCGCCCUGGGAGAACUCCACCUUGAACGCUGUCUCGAACAGCUGCGCGAAGAAUUCGCCAACAUCGAAAUCAAGGUCUCCCCCCCCCUCGUCUCCUACCGCGAAACGGUGGUCUGGGACCUCGCGAGGGAAGACGUGCGACUGGAAGCCCUCGAGCCAGUGAAGCUCUGGGAAGGCCUGGAAAAGGAAAAACUCGCCAAGGAGUCCGACAAGCACCGAUUCUGCCUCCCCGGCGCGUCCAGCGACCGCCACGUCAGAGCCGUGGUUCGCGCCGUCCCCAUCCCAGAAAACCUAACGCGCUGGCUCGAAGAACACCAGUACGAAACCAAAAUCGCCCAAAAAAUAUACGGACAAAACCGAGCUCGACACCGCCAAAGACGCGGCACCCACACCACUCACGACGCGCCCGUCUCAGACGGGUCGGAAACCAUCUCUCGGUGGGCGCUCGAACUCCUGAACGAACUCAAAUCCUGCUCUCAGUCCUGGGCAGACCAAGCCAACUACAUAUGGGCCCUCGGCCCUCACCACCGCGGCUCCAACAUCCUGCUCAACAACAUCCCCGGGUACUCCACCAGCACCCAUUGGCAAGGCCUGCUCUCCCAUUUCGUCAAGGACUCGACUCCCAAACCUAACUCCAACGACACCUUCUGCCUGACCCUGAGCGAACUAGAAGAAACCGUCCUCUCCGUAUUUCAAAUCGUCACCAAAUCGGGCACUCUCUGCGAAGAACCCAUGAUGGGCGUCGCCUUCCAACUCCUAAACCUAGAAAUCCUAGACCAAGAACCACAACCCGAAGACGACCCCAACGCCCAACCCCCCUCUCACCCAGACGACCCCCUUCGAUUCUACUUCUCCUUUCCUGCCCCCUCCGACGACCGCCCACCCGCACCCCCCGCGUCCCACCUCCUGUCCGACCCCACCCACUUCCCUCCCCAAUCCAUUCUCCCAAACUCUAAACACCUCUCCUCCACCUUCUCCCUCCUCCGCACCCUGUUCAAGGCGUCUUUCUCCUGUCGGUGUCGCCGACUCUGCGAGGCCUACUACCUCGCUCACAUCCAAGUGUCCGUCUCCAGCCUCAACAAACUCCACGCCGUCCUCGGCAAGCGCCGCGGACACGUCACCUCCGACCGCAUCUGCGAAGGCACCUCCACCUCCAUCGCCGAAGCCUACCUCCCCGCCUCCGAGGCCUUCGGGUUCGCCGAAGAACUAACCUCCAAAACGGGCGGCGCCGCCACCGCCCAACUCACCUUCUCUCACUGGGGCAUCCUCGACUCGGACCCCGACUUCGUCCCCACCACCGACGACGAACUCGAAGAACACGGCGAAAACCUCGGCGGCCUCUCCCAAAACCUCGCCAAAAUUUGCGUCGACCUCGUGCGCAAGCGCAAAGGACUCUUCGUCAAAGAAAAACUCGUCGCCCACGCCAACAAGCAACGCACCAGAAGCCGCAAAAAGUAAAACACUUCAAAAAAAAAACCCCUUUAUUUCCUCUCUUCACUCGAGCACCCUCGACGCUUCAACGCCAUCAAGAUCGCGCCCACCUCCUCUCUCAAAAACUGCUCAUACGUCCUCUUGCUGCACGGCAACGGACACCACCUCGCCUGACUGUAUAACUUAAUGUACCGAUCCGCCACCACACCGUCAAACGGAACCAC